AUGAAGGUAGUCAUGGGCCAUCUUAGAUCAAAAGGAAUCAGGCUGAUCAUCUACCUUGACGACAUCCUGAUUCUGAGCCGUUCCUUUUCGGAAGCGUUAGACCACUGCGCAGUGGUGGUGGAAACGCUGACCUCACUUGGUUUCGUUAUUAACGAAGCAAAAUCAAUCAAGCAGCCAGUCCAACGCAUAGACUAUCUAGGUGUAGUAGUAGAUUCCACCAAACUUUCCUUCGCGCUCCCCCAGGAAAAAAUGGACCAGGUUUUGAAACUCUGCAAAAAGGCGCUCGGAAGUAAAGAUAUCACUUUAAGGGAUAUCUCUAAAAUUUUAGGCAACUUCGCGUGGGCCAUCCAUUCCAUUCCUUUUGCGCAGAUGCACUACAGACAAAUUCAGGAUUUCCAUAUACAACAAUUGCACAAAUGGGACCGUGAUUUGUCAAAAAGAAUUAUACUCCCGGCGGAAGCGCGGAGCAACUUGGAUUGGUGGAUUAACAACUUGCAAAUUGUAAACGGAAAACCUUUUUUCCCACGCUCCCCUCAUUUAGAAAUCUACUCAGACGCAUCACUGUCAGGGUGGGGCGCUAUUUGCGACGACGUCAGAACCAGAGGUCCGUGGACCGCAGCAGAUAGAAAUCGCCACAUUAACGAGCUCGAAAUCUUGGCUGCUUUUCACGCAGUCAAGUCGUUCGCCGGCAGUUCAUCGAAAAUCGCAAUCAAACUCUACCUUGAUAAUAGCACGGCCGUUUGCUAUAUCAACAAGGGGGGCGGCACUAGAUCGAUUGGUCUAUCGAUUCUGGCUAAUCUGCUCAACUCAUUCUGUGAGGAACGCAGCAUUUCGCUCGAAGCAUUUUUUCUUCCGGGGAAACUUAAUGUAGAGGCGGACGAAGAGUCGAGAGCGGCGUCAGACAGUAGCGACUGGAUGCUUUGCCGUCGAUCCUUCCAGGCGAUCGAUAACAUAUGGGCGACAGACGUCGACUUGUUUUCGGCAAGUUGGAACCACCAGCAUGACCGCUUCAUUUCUUGGCGGCCUCAACCGGGAGCAUGGGCAGUCAAUGCCUUUUCGAAGAACUGGGGAGAGUUUAAAGCUUACGCCUUUCCCCCUUCUCUAUGA